CACAUACACAAGCCGUCCCCUGGCGGUGGGCAAUAGCAUCAGAGAGAGAGACGGAGAGAACACGGAGCCCCAGAGAGAGAGACGGAGAGCGGUUGUGUGAGUCAUGAGCCACUCCACCGCCAAUGCCCCGCCGAGGAGCCGCCUCUGAAAGACGCCACGGACGCCUCCCGCGACGGCUUGUUUACGCAACGGACGCAACAACAACAACAAACAAACAACAACAUUUGGCACGAGUAAAGGAUGAACGACACGUACCACAAGGCUGCCAGGGAUGGCUACCUCGACCUCCUGAGAGAAGCGACUAAAAAGGAUUUAAAUGCGCCGGACGAGGACGGCAUGACCCCGACUCUGUGGGCCGCGUACCACGGCAACUUGGACGCCCUGCGGCUCAUCGUCAGCAGAGCGGGCGACCCGGACAAAUGCGACAUUUGGGGGAACACGCCCCUGCACCUGGCCGGGGCCAACGGCCACCUCGACUGCCUCACCUUCCUCAUCUCCUUCGGGGCCAACGUCUGGUGCCUGGACAACGACUACCACACCCCGCUGGAGAUGGCCGCCAUGAAGGGCCACAUGGAAUGCGUGCGCUACCUCGACUCGAUCGCGGCGAAGCAGACGAGCCUCAACCCCAAGAUGGUCUCCAAGCUGAAGGAGCGCGCCUUCAAGGAGGCCGAGAAGAGGAUCAAGGAGUGCGCCAAGCUGCAGCGCAAGCACCACGAGCGCAUGGAGCGCAAGCACCGCAAGGAGGCGCCCGCCGACUCGACGGACGCCACCAGCUUCUCCAGCUUCUCGGGCAGCUCGGCGAGCCGCAGGGCGAGCCAGGCGGGCACCGUCUCCUCGCUGCCGUUCCCCGCGACCGUGGGGCCCAACGCCACGGCCAAGGGCAAGACCAGGAUGCAGAAGAAGGUGGAGAAGAAGAAGCAGCUGGACGGGCAGUUCAAGAUCUACGCGGACGGCCGCAAGAGCGUGCGCUCGCUCUCGGGCCUGCAGCUGGGCAACGAGGUGAUGAUCGUCAAGCAGGGCACCUACCCGGCGCCGCUGCAGCCCAAGGACGCGCCGCGCCGGCACGUGCGAGACAUGUUCCGCGCGGACAGCGCCUCGGACGUGUACACGGAGUCGGGCGUCAACUCGGAGGCGAGCAACGACUCGGGCCACGACUCGCUGUUCAACCGGCCCGGCCUGGGCACCAUGGUCUUCCGCAGGAACUACGUGACGGGCGGCCUCUUCGACAUCGGCGCCGAACGCGACGGGGAGGAGCUCCGCCGCCGGAGCUCCAGCGGCCCCGGCGUCGGCGUCGAGCCGAAGGGAAAUCCGGCGCGCUCGGCGAGCGCCAACGAGAGCAUCGGCAGCGCCGGGAGCCUGCGCGAGAGGAGCACGGAGGAGCUGCCAUGGGACGACGAGGACGUGGCGCUGGACGACCCGGACACCACGGAGACGACGCCGCUCGAGAGCUUCCUCGCCUCGCUGCACAUGAGCGAGUUCGCGUCCCUGUUCAGGCAGGAGCACAUCGACCUGGAGGCGCUCACCCUGUGCUCGGACGAGGAGCUCAAGAGCAUCAACCUGCCGCUCGGUCCCCGCAAGAAGAUCCUGGAGGGCGUGGAGAGGAGGAAAGCCGCCCUGCUGGGGCCCGCCAAAGUUGAGGACACCGCGCUCUGAGCGGAGGCUCGCUUGGCAAUUGCGAGCGGUCCCACGAGCUUCGUAGCUCAUCGGAUUUUUUUGCGGAUGAAACCGAUUUGGAUUCUUCGUGGAGGCUGACACGGCGGUGUUCAUGGUCACACGGGACUCGCAAUCCGGUGGGCAGCCGCUUGGCCACGCACACGCGCACUCACGCGGCGUGGCCCAGGCGUGACGCGUCGACAGGAGCAAGCUCCCUUCGCGUUGACGGCAUGCAUGGGGCGUCACGGCGGCGAGAUGUUAACUACCUCUCCUGAUAUACAGGAGGUCGUCGGUUCCAUUACGACCCUGAUGCCUACUGUAUAUUUGGAGUCAGCGUGUCCUGAGAUUUUUCUCUCCACAUUUAGAAUCAAUGUGCAUUGAGAGAUUUCGGCUGCUAUAAAUUUACACGUGACGAUAAGCCGCUUCGUUGAUCUAUAAUUUGUAAUGGCCAGGUCGCUUCUGAAAAAGUGUAUUUUUAGUAAGCGUUAAAACAUACGUGGUGGCAUUUGCAUCGUCUUGCUGUGUCUCUCCUCGCAGAUAGCGAGGGGUCAAUUGCCAACCGCGGUUUUUUCUCUCGCAAGAGGCUCGAUCCCACGCGUGGGCGAGCGUGAGUAGGCACGUGUGCAAUGCAGCAAUGUGGAGGACAGACAGACAGAGAGAGACGGAGAGACAGGGGGCCUUGGAACGUGCAGGCCUCAGCCAAGCACCGGCUGGCCGCUGCCUCAGCUGCCCUCUCGGUCCACGGAACAGGUCAGGGCGCCGACUGCAUGCCGGCACUCUGUCCAGAGCAGGGAACAAGGGGAGACAUUCGUCUCGAAUUCGUAAAGUGAACAAACAACUCAAUAUUUAAAGAGCCGCAAUGCAAUGUGGAUGAACAUGAGACGGUGGCGCUCCUUCAUUAACGGCCCUCUUAAGGAGCCGCGUGCAGCUCCAGAGCCGCAGGCUGCUGACCCCCUGGUCCAGACAGAGAAGCGAGUCAGGAUCAAUCAGAAUCUUUAUUUAGACUACAGCAGCAGCAGGAAUCCGAUGAGCUACGAAGCUAUUUUAUCACCAAUAUCCUCGAGUAGUGGACGGGUGGUUAGCAGCCAUAUACAGAAGCAUGCAGGGUCAGAAAACGCGACGAUGAUAUUCAGUGGUAGGCAGCAAACAACAAAAACGGGAAUCUUCAAUAGCUAAACAUAACAGGCAUCCCCAGCAUGCUUCGCAUGUCCAGAUGACGUCGAGGCGGUUGCAAGCGCUCCGCACGCAGCCUUGAGAAGGGUUGGGCAGCGCAAAGUCGCUCGGGCGCAAAUGGCAGGCGGCAGGAGGAAAACGGCUCAGCAUUACAUUAUUAUUAAGAGAGGCGUAGUAGCGCCGUCGUUUUUAAGGACGUCGUUACUCACCGCAGAGAACCGUAGUGACACGACCGCCGCCACUCUAUGGCAGCCGGGGCCAACCUGUGCCACACGCCCUCCCCCCAGCGUGGCCUUGUGGGGAGCCUCGGUACUGAUAAAGUUAUUUCGUUGUAGUUUUUCAUCCGGUUUUCUUUUUGAUGACGUACACGUCCGUCCCGAUGACAUACACGCACGUCAUCGGGACGGAAUUGGAAGAAAAACGGAUGACGUACACGUACGUACACGUACGUCAUCGGGACGGGAAAGGGUUGAACAACACAUCACGAGGCUGUGCGCGGGGGACGCGAGAGAAAAGGCGACGUCUUCUUGCCAUGCAAAGUGUGCUGAGAGUCCUGCGGACACGCUUUGCGAAGCUUCAACUUGCACGACAAUUAUCGAUGAGGCGCUACGUGCAGUGGGUGGGUGUUGUGUGGCUUUGUGAUGCUCCUAAAGAUCGUGAUGGACAACAACCCUCGAAGACUUAGGAGAAAGAAAAAAACCCAACCUCAAACAUAGGCCGUUGUCAAUUACCGUGCGCACGUAAACAUAUGUUGUAGUCUUCUCAAGGGCUCCUUGAUUGUCUGUGCUCGGCCUUCGGAGAAAAUCCGCUUCCCACCUCGGGCAGUUAUUCACAUUUACUACGAGGAACGUCUCGUAAACCAAACCCGGGCAGCCACGCUGUUCGGGCUCCGUAUUUUAAUGCGAAGUAAAAAGUUAAUUUCGGGAUUUACGACCAGAGUUUGCCCGCUUAUUUUAGGCUCUGUCAUGCCCUUGCGAGAUGCAGCGAAGGUGAGAGGACAAACAUGCAUUUGCUGUCAAGCAGGAACGUCGCAAUGAGGGAGGAGGAAAUUGAACGAAACAGUUUAUUUUUAUUUUACGAGGUAAGGCCCGCUACUGAGCUCUAUGGCUCUUGUUCAGAAGCGACCUGGCACGAAAAUGAUAGCUCAACGGAAUGGCUUUUCACGUGGAAAUGUAUAGUAGCAGCCAAACACUAUGAACGCACGUUGAUUCUAAAUGUAGAGGGAAACACCGGAGGACUGUGGAGAAAAAUCCACGCGACCACGGGGAGAGGGACAUGCAAACUCCAAAUAUAAAGGCAUCAGGAUCGGAAUCGAACCCACGACCUCCUCUGUACCAGGGGAGGUCGUUAACAUCUCGCCACCGCGGCUCGGGUCUGUAUGAGAUGACUUUUCCUCUCAUCGUGGUUCGUCGUGAACCAAUGUCAACUGCAGGAAGCAUUGUUUGCACAGGAAUCGACUAAGGGAAGCCAGACAACGAGAGCGGCAAUGUGCGUUACUAAACAUCACGGCCGUAGGUGACGUCAUUUCAAGUUUAAAUAUUUUUUUACUGAGUUUUAAUUGAUAUAGGCGUUAAACCUAAAAGCCCCACGGCAUUUAUCCGCACAGGAAACAAGCACUCAAGUGCAUGAGCAAGGGAAUUUUUCUGCGUUGAAAACCCAUUCCCUGAGAGCUGCUUAACCGUGUUUAGUUUGCCGUCCUUCCCCACCGCACCUCCGAUUAGCGCGGUUGGUGCUGCGGAAGAAGUUGCAGAAUGGCCCCACUGCGGACACCAGGAAUGUGUCAUCCUCGCGUUCCAAACACACACUUUGCCAAACAGCGCGCGGCGGUGCUCAGGGGCUGUGCGUAGCGAGCGCUGCGCAAUAGCCCCCGGGGGGCACCGCUCACCUCGAGGGUGCGGCACGAGGUUUGCCACCCGUCCUGGUCUGCCCAGAAACGUCUUGUUUUUUCCAUAGCCAUCCUAGGAAUGUGUAACAAUACCAAUUGAU